CCUCGGUUCUAUUCUUCAUCCCGCUUUCUCUAGCGUUCGCAGUUCGCUCGGCCCUUCUCAGAUCGACGCAGCCUGCUCGCCGCCCGCUCGCCGGCGUUUCACCUCUUGCUCGUCUGCCACAGCGAGAUUGGUCCUUAUACUAAAAAUGUCCCCUGCUGUGGAGCGCAGAGAGUACCACAAGCAGCAUUCUACUGACAUGUCAGAUUCACUGGUCAGAAGUCGCCAUUCCCCUCACAGAAGAAACUCUCCAAGGAGUGGGAGGGUUCCUUCUGCUGGAGCUAGUUCUCCAAGAGCAAGAUCUCCAAAUAGAAAUAAUUCUUCAAAUAAGAGGAGAUCUCCUGUGAAAGAGAAGCUACCUGAUCGAGUUAGGUCACCAAAACAAACCAAGCAAAGGUCUCCUUCCAGUUCACCCUCCCCUCGCAGUAAAAGGCUAAGAAGAGCUCAAGCCGAUAGGGAGAGCCAACAAUUGGCACAAAGAGAGCAUGGAAUAAACUCUAGCAGGGUAGAACAUGACAAGGGGAGACAUCGAGAACGUGGGGAAGCUAGGGAUGCUCCAAGUGAGAGAAGGUAUGCUCGAGAAAGCCACGAUGACGGACCUUCUAGAUCAUUAAGGCGCGAUUGUGCUGUCUUUACGGAGCUUAACCAUGGUGGAAGACAUGGCUCUCGCUCCCCUUCCAGGGCUUCAAAGGCUGCUGCUCGUGAUGAGGUACCAUUUUCUAGAGAAGCCGACAAAUAUGGAAAAGGUGAUUUUGACUCCGUUUCCAAGAUGAAGGCAACCGAGGAAGUGUUGGAAGCAAAAGAUAAGGCCAAGCAAAAACCAUCUUUUGAGCUUUCUGGGAAGCUUGCUGAGGAAACUAAUAGAGUACGAGGGAUAACUCUACUGUUCAAUGAACCACCUGAUGCUUGCAAGCCUGAUAUAAGAUGGCGAUUAUAUGUUUUCAAGGCUGGUGAAGUUCUUAAUGAGCCUUUAUAUGUGCAUCGUCAAAGUUGUUACCUAUUUGGGCGAGAAAGGAGGGUUGCAGACAUCGCUACAGAUCAUCCUUCUUGUAGCAAACAGCAUGCUGUUCUUCAAUACAGAAGUGUAGACAAAGAGACAGCAGGUGAGUUUUUCUCAAAGCAAAUAAGGCCUUACCUCAUGGAUCUUGGAAGCACUAACGGUACAUUCAUUAAUGAGAAUCGCAUUGAACCACAACGAUAUUAUGAACUUUUUGAAAAAGAUACUAUUAAGUUUGGUAAUAGUAGCCGGGAAUAUGUUAUGCUUCACGAGAACUCGGCAGCCUGAAUGGCUUGUGGGUGCCAUUUGCCAGUUCGCGCUUCGGCAAUUUUUGUUAUAUGGUGUUGGUUCUUAUUUACUCAGCCUCGU